UCAAGAAAUUCAAUUAAAAAGUUCCCGUCGCGUAAACCGCCAUCUAAACGCGUCUCAUCCCAAGCACUAUCCAAACCAUCCGACAACUUACAUCACCCUUACUUACUACCUAGUUACAAAGGGUAUCAUCAUGACUUCCUACGGCGGCUACUCACGCACCAACUACAACGCCACCGGCGGCGACGACAGCGGCGGCUUCUUCGGGGGCUCUCAAAUCUCCGGCUCACAAGGGGGCACCAAGCACCCAUCCGAAGAGUCGCUGCGCCCGGUAACCGUGAAACAGAUAAUCGACGCAGAGCAAGCCUUCGGCAGCGACGGGACGUUCCGGAUCGACGGGGUGGACGUAUCGCAAGUGACGUUCGUGGGGAUGGUGCGGCAGAUCAGCCCACAGACGACGAACAUAACAUACCGACUCGACGACGGCACGGGAGUGGUGGAGGUGAAGCAGUGGCUGGACCCGGACAAACAGGAGACGGACGCGGGAGCGAAGGGGUCUGCGUUCCGGGAGGAGCAGUACGUGCGCGUGUGGGGACGACUGAAGAGUUUCGGGAACAAGCGACAUGUAGGCGCGCACGUCAUCAAGCCAGUGACGGAUUUCAACGAGGUGAACUACCACCUGCUGGAAGCGACGUACGUGCACCUGUUCUUCACGAAAGGGGGUGGGAUGGCGGGGGCCGGGGGCAUGGGUGCGGGUGGAGACGGCAACGCGGCGGAGGACGACAGCAUGUUUGUCGAGAACAACGACGCGGCGUUCCUGCGGGGCGCGACGCCGCGCGCGAAGAAGAUGUACCAGUACCUGAACCAGUCGAAGAGCAACGAGGGCGUGAAUAUCCAUAUCAUUGCGCGCGACACGGGCAUGACGGUCCAGGACGCCAUGACGGCUGCGGAGGAGUUGCUGGGUAAUGGCAAGGUCUACACUACGCUUGACGACGAGACGUUCGCUCUUCUAGAGGGAUUCUAAAACUACCUACAUAUGGACGUUUAGCAUGAUAAAAGCUAGUGGGGUGAGCAGGCCUAUCGUCGAUGGUACAUCCAGGCGUUCUAAGCACGAGAAAUUAUGAGCUAAGUAGAUACGGGUCGGAAAUCACACGGGCACGACAAAGAAUGGAACCAAGGUGUAUACUGAAUGGCCUUAUUAUGGGCUAUCUAUCUACCUAGAUACGAAACGAUUGACUAAUGAUACCUAAAAUGAGGACCCACAGAUAAUGACAACGAGCAACCCCAAGCAUCUUCGAUCAAAGUGACUCGUAACUAAACUAAUCAGUCCCAGCCCAACCCAACUCAGACGGAACCGAAGACCUGCAGCCACAAUGAAGCAGCGUCGUAAGUCCGGCAAAACCCGUACCUAGUAUUAGAAAAGGGUAUUUCCUAACCAGUCGUCAUCAAGCAAAAAAAAGGAGCGUGAGAAAGUAAAAUCCAAGAGCUAGCUAGCCCAUACGAGGUCCUAGAAGCAAAGUUUGUGUAAUUGUAAGUAAGCAAGCAAGCAAAACAAAAGCAACAACCA